GCCGGGGCUCCCGGCUCCGGGGCCUCCUCGCCAGCGCCGAGUGCGCGGCGCCGGCCCGGCCGAGAGGCGUCGUCGGCGCGACUGGAUCGCUCCUUGCCGCGGCGGCUGCCAAGGGACCGUCGCCGUCUCGUCGCCUCAGCGUCGCUGUCUGGGCCCAGCCCGCGCUGCCGCCCGCUUUACCUUUCGUCCCUGGCCGGGCCUGCGGGAUGUUCACUUUAAAGAUUAUGUGAAGAUGAAAAGGGAUAUCUUAUGGCUUUAUGAAAUAUAAAGCAAUACUGUCUGACAUGACGGCAAAAAAUGUUGGUGUGACUUCCACAAAUGGAGACUUGAAAGGAUUUAUAGAUCAGAACCAGAGUCCAACAAAAGGUAAUAUUUCAGUAAUCACAUUGCCAGUUUCCAGCACCAACUCUCCGACUAAGAUUUUGCCAAAAACCUUGGGACCAAUCAAUGUGAAUGUUGGACCCCAAAUGAUCAUAAGCACACCACAAAGACUGAGCAGCUCAGGGGGUGUUCUGAUUGGGAGCCCGUACAGCCCCGCUCCAGCCAUGGUCACUCAGACACACAUAACGGAGGCGUCCGGCUGGGUCCCAGGGGAGCGGAAACGGACUCAAGAAAUUAUAGAGUCAGAUUUUUCAGAAAGUAAGAGAAGCAAGAAAGGAGAUAAAAAUGGGAAGGGUCUGAGGCAUUUUUCAAUGAAAGUUUGUGAAAAAGUUCAACGCAAAGGAACAACUUCGUACAAUGAAGUCGCUGAUGAGCUCGUAUCAGAAUUCACAAAUUCUAACAGCCACCUCGCAACCGAUUCACAGGCCUAUGAUCAGAAGAAUAUUAGACGGAGAGUUUACGAUGCCCUCAACGUCCUGAUGGCAAUGAACAUCAUUUCAAAGGAGAAGAAGGAAAUCCGGUGGAUCGGCCUUCCCACAAACUCAGCUCAGGAAUGUCAGAAUCUAGAGAUAGAAAAACAGAAGCGGAUUGAAAGGAUAAAGCAGAAGCGAGCCCAACUGCAAGAACUGCUACUGCAGCAAAUAGCAUUUAAAAACUUGGUACAAAGAAAUCAGCAAAAUGAGCAGCAAAAUCAAGGCCCUCCAUCUUUGACCUCCACAAUACAGCUGCCUUUCUUAAUAGUCAACACUAGCAAAAGAACAAUUAUAGACUGCAGCAUAUCAAGUGAUAAAUUUGAAUACCUCUUUAAUUUCGAUAAUACUUUUGAGAUUCACGAUGACAGCGAGGUGCUGAAGAGAAUGGGAAUGUCCUUUGGGCUGGAAGCAGGCAAAUGCUCAGCUGAGGACCUAAGAACUGCAAAAUCACUGGUGCCAAAAGCUUUAGAAGGCUACAUCACAGAUAUGUCUGCAGGAUUUUCGUGGAUAAACCAAGGGUUACUUUCAAGUUCAGCACAAGCAGUUUCCCAUUUUGAGGCAGCUGGAGGCACUUAUGAUGCUAAAUCAAGUGAGAAUCCAGGGUUGUGUUUGGAUGCUGAAGUGGCCUUAGCAACUGGGCAGCUGCUUGCCCCUAGCAGUCAGCAGUCCAGCAGUGCAGCCUCCCGGGGGGAGACACCCUGCUCCUUCAACGAGGAAGAUGAAGAGGAUGAAGAUGAGGAUUCUUCCUCCCCAGAAUGAGGACAGUAGAAAAUGGAAUAUAAAACAUGCUGCUCAAAUAUUCCUACCGAGAGUUCCUGUUUGGAUUUUACUGGUUUCUUGCCUUGGUUUGCACUGUGUUUGGUGAACCAAAAUGGAAGCUUCAAAACAAGUUUAUCCAUAAAUGAAAUUGAAGAAUUGUGUAACUGAACACAGAGUGACAUGCAGAGACAGAGCAAAGUGGGUUUUAUAACUAUAAAUGAGGAAAAGAACAAAGCCCCUGGAGAUUUGGCAAAGUAAACCUUAAGAUCAUCUUUUCCUUUUUGGGACUCAAGGCUUUGUCUUCCCCUUGUCUUUUUUAAAUGGAGAAGAAAACAGUCAGUCAGUAAAAGCCAAUUCUUGUGUUGUCUUUUGGCUGUGCUGCCUUUAGAAAAAGGGGGAGAGAGCACACACAAAUGUGCUAAAAUCAUUAUUUAAAACUAUCUUGUAUGAAAGUGGUUAUAGGGAAAAGGGGCUGUUAAAAUGGUUGCUUUUUUUCUGUUCAACUUGCUGUAUAGAGGAUUCUUAAAGUAAUAUAAAUUGCAAGUGAUUAAAUGAAUCUUGAAAUA